GUGAAUAAAAGAAAUAAAGUUUGAAAAUAAAAAACAAUUUGAAACGCGGCAAAACUAUUUAUUCUUAAACUAAAUAUAAAUGACAUCUAAACACAAUGUCUACUAUGAACUUGGGCGACCCAGAACUGGAAUUGAUCGAUCCUACUCCGAAUGUACAUAUAUUAUUUUUACAAUUCGACAAAUUGUUUUUCAGUACAAAACUAUCUAAUAGAGUUGUGGUCAGGUGGAGCAAGAGGAUGUAUUCUUGUGCUGGUAUAUGCUCAUAUGAAGGAAGAGGGGGGCUCUGUGAUAUAGCACUUAGUGAACCACUGCUCAAGCUGCGUAGUCGUAAAGAUCUCAUCGAGACACUCCUCCAUGAGAUGAUACAUGCAUAUCUCUUCAUCACAUGCCAAGACCGGGAGAGGGAUGGCCACGGUCCCAACUUCCAGGCUCAUAUGUACAGAAUUAAUAGAUCUGCUGGUUUGAAUAUAACUAUCUAUCAUGACUUCCAUGAUGAGGUAAAAUUGUACCUAACACAUUGGUGGAGAUGUAAUGGUCCAUGUCAAACUAGGAAACCAUAUUUUGGUGUUGUUCGUCGUUCAUGCAACAGUGCUCCAGGUCCUAAAGAUUAUUGGUGGUCAACACACCAAAGAACGUGUGGUGGCACAUUUAUUAAAAUCAAGGAACCUGAAAAAAAGAAAAAAGCCUCUUCAAAAACAACUGCACCUAAAAUAAAGGCUGAUAUUACAAAAUAUAUUAAUAAUAACAAUAAAUUAAUUGAUAAAAAUAUUAGAACAAUAAACAAUAUUUCAAAGGAUGACCGAAAACCUCUUACGCCAAUAAUAAAAAACACUAAAACAAUUUCCACUACCUCCGUUAAAAGUAAUAGCAAAAAUACAGUUGUUGUAACCAAAGGUGUUACAUUUAGCCCUCAAAAUAGCCCAAAGAAGACACAUAUUCCAUUUAGUGGUACUGGUCAAACUAUUGCUGGCAGUAGAAAACGGACUAAGUCAGUUGAUGUAGUGGAGACUGUAAGAGAUAUUUGGGCGAAAAAAUUCUUUCCUGGGAACACAAACAGCCCGCCUGAUUCCCCAAAAGGAAAACAAUUGAUUCAUAAUAAUUCAGUAUCUGGUACAAGUAAUUUAGUGAAGCCAAGUAAAAAUAAAUCUAAUUCAAAUAUUGAUUCUCCUCCAGUGAAAGUGAAGAGAAUUGAUAAUUACUUUAAAAAUACAGCAACUUCUGUAUUGAAAGAUGUAUAUGGACAAGACUUCAAAGUAUGUCAAACAGAUCAUAAUAAAAAGAUUGUAGCAGUACCUGUAAAAACCGAUUUGGUAGCGUGUCCUGUAUGUAAAGAAAAAGUAGUUAGUGAUCUAAUAAAUAGGCAUUUAGAUGAAUGUUUAAAUAAGGAAGUAAUAGAGCAGUUAAGUCAAGAUGACCAAAGUGCUGUUGUUCAACCAAUACAAUCUAGUCAAUCUAUUGAGAAAAACUAUCCAGUUAAACCCAUAAAAAUUGAAGACACUAAAAAAUACGAAAAUGUUUAUCCAAAACGUAAUAUUUCCAUUGAUUUAACGAAUAUAGAAAUUGAAAAUACUCAAAUUAAAAAAGAACUUUCUCAAGAUUCAGGUCAAGUCGACUCUGUAUCAUUCGACCCAGUUGAUGUUAAAGUAAAAUCGAUUGUCAAAAAGAUAAUGUUUGAUAAACAAAUUAGGAAAUCUGAUAAUUUUAUAGUCCCUGUGGAGAAGACAAAAGAAGUAGAUACCGCAUUUGUACCAUCAUUCCCGGACGAUGUCGCGACAGAGACAAUAAUUCCAUCUGUGAAGAUUGAACCGGGCACUAGUAGGGAUAUUGUUAGAGAAUCAACUAGGCAAAAAUGUCCUUGUUGUGGAUUGGAAAUUGAGAAAGAAAUAGGAGAGCAUCUUGAAGAUUGUAUUUCAUUUUUCAACAACAACACGACUAUUCCUAUUGAAGGCGCCUCCACUAGUUUCGCUAACAACACUAUUAUAAUUGAUGAUGAUGAAGAUGAUAUAUUUGAUGAUACAAUGACUAUGAAUGCUACCGGGACCAAAACACCUUGCCCGUGCUGUCUUGAGAUGAUUGAAACGGCAGAUAUGAAUGCACAUUUGGAUGAAUGUUUAAGUUAAAAAAUAAUUAAUUUCAAGUUUGAUUUAUCUAUGAAUUUUAGGUUGCCUAAUUAGUUGUUUAUGCCAAGAAUUUAUCAAUCGUUAUUAAUUAUUAAUUAUUCCAAUUAUGUUAUUAUUUCUCU